CUACUGUACCUGCCUUUGAAACUAACCACCUCUGACGUAGAGAACAGGUCAAUCAACGGUUCCCUAUUUAGUUGUUUGUUUUGAAUUACCUACUAUCAGAAUGCAUUACACUGGUAUGAGGAUCAUUACAAGACUGACCAGUGGGAUUUACGAUGGAAAAUGACCACGAGACUGACCGAAAUACAAUCGACGACAGAGCAACUAGUGGAAAGACUCAGCGAACACCUAGUGUAACUUUUGGAGGCGUUCAACUACUUGCCACGCCGGAUCUUACAGCACCUAUUCCGGAACAGGACGAUUACGAUCCUACGAGGAUUCCUUCCGGUAUACUCCGGAAGUCCAGCGUUCCAAUGGAUGGUGGAAUUCCAGCCACGUCUAUCAAUGUCCAACCAGCAACGCCUACCAUAGACACCAUGAUACCAAAACGAGAAGCAGAAAACAAGGCGCGCGCACUCCUGACGGAAGAAACUCCAAUGCUUCCGGUUAGACCGACAGUCAGGAGCAGAAUAGAUAAGUCAUUUGUAAAUUUUGUUGUGGUUGGUCAUGCGGAUUCCGGGAAAUCUACUCUGAUUGGGCAUCUUGUUUACCUGUGUAAUGGCAUCGACAAAGAGACAAUGAACAGAUUAGCACGCGAGGCUGACUUGGCAGGUAAAGCGUCAUUCAAAUAUGCGUGGGUUAUGGACAAGCUUAAAGGAGAAAGACAGAGAGGGAUUUCAAUCGACAGCAAAUUGAGGCGGUUCGAGACUUCGAAUAAGUAUGUCGUCAUCAUUGACUCACCAGGACACCGUGAUUACGUACAUAACAUGAUCACAGGAGCAUCACAGGCGGAUGUAGCCAUACUUGUGGUGUCGGCAGAGAAGGGCGAGUUUGAGCAGGGCGUUAAGAGACGGGGCCAGACCAGGGAACACCUUCAAGUCGCCUAUUCCCUCGGGGUCAAGCAACUCAUCGUUGUCGUUAACAAGAUGGAAACCACUACACCACCUUACAGCGAGACGAGAUAUAACAACGUAAUCAAAGUGUUGACACCCAUGAUAAAGAGGAUCGGCUUUGACCCAAACUCCGUCGCUUUCAUACCCAUAUCAGCUUUCGACGGUGAUAAUUUGAUUAAGAAAUCUGAAAACAUGUCAUGGUUCCACAUGUGGCGAGUGAAGAGAGGUUCCGGUGGGGCCGGGGGCCACUCACUAAUUGAGGCCAUAGAUCAGGUAGACACUCCGGUCCGGAUGCAGCACCGACCUCUCAGAGUUCCAAUACAUUCCGUGUACAAACUAGGGGAUAUUGGUAUUGUGACAGCAGGAAGAAUACAUUCUGGAUGCUUGAAACCAAACAUGGCAGUGACCUUUGCCCCAAAUGACGUCAAAGCUAAGGUGAGGGCCGUACAAGUGUUCCGUGAGGUGAUGACGGAAGUUCACGCCGGAGACAACGUGGGUAUUCAGAUCGAGAACCUAGGACUAAAGGAUAUUAAAAAAGGGGACGUCUGUGGAGACCCGGAGGAGAACCCACCAAGGAAAGCCGGAAAGUUUACAGCCCAGAUCCUUGUUCUGAACCAUCCCGGUCAGAUUAAGAAAGGAUACACGCCCCUUCUCAACGUUCACACGGCUAAUGUAGCAUGUAAAUUCGUCGAUAUUAAGGAGCGAUGUGACCGCCGCACGGGAGAGAUGGCGGAACAAUCGCCCGCCAGUUUACUUCCGGGUGAAGUUGGUGUGGUCGAAAUGGUGCCAAUGAAGCCACUGUGUGUGGAGAGUUUCUUCGAUUAUCCGUCCCUCGGACGUAUUAUCAUCCGGGACCUUAAACAGACAGUUGCGGUUGGAGUGAUUAUAGACGUUGACGGUCGGUCAACGCGGACGGAUGACGAUAAACUAAAAGGUCAAGGUCAUUUUGUGUCCAAUAAUUUUGGAGCGGACUCUCAAUUAGACAAUCUAACUCUCGGACCAGAUUCCCGGCCAGUAACGGCAGGGGAUCCUCAAAUAGCCAAACCUGGAGAAAUGGAGACAAAACCACCUAUCAUAAUUAAAACUGACCAGACAGAAUCGGAGCUAGAGAUGGUCGCAACAGACCAGGACCAGACAGGCCUUACCGACGACAGUAAGAUUGGCGGUCUCCAGACCGAAAGAGUAACGUUUAGGACCGGGUCUGGGAAACUGGAGUCCGAGUUGUGAUGUUCGACUGCUUUUAUUUAGUGAUACAACGUAACAUUUACACGUACCUUUCCCCCGUAUACAUGCUAUAUAAUCAUACAUUCAAGUCACUAAUAAGUUAUAACAUUAUCAUUUUAUAUAUGAAUACAGAUCCAAUGAUUUAUAAUUAACGAGCAUUAUCAGUUGUAGUUAUUCGUUAGCCUUUUAUACAUCAAUUCGACCAAUGGAGCAUUCCUGACGUUUAUACUACCAUGAAAGCAUUUUUAUGAAAGCCACCAUUGAGUUGUACGCCUCAGCGGAAGGUCUACUUUACGUCAUGGCCUGAUAGAUUUCGUUAAGGGUUGAAUUGUACUCUUUUUCAUUUCUAGCGGCAAGAAGUGUCCACACACCACAAAAUAUUAAUCUUAAACCAAAAAUGUAACGUAAGUUACAAUCAAAAACCUAUAAAGCAUUAAACAUAGCGCUGGCAAUUUUUUUUUUACAAACCUGUUUUCAUGCAGUAUUCUUGUCACACAUGGUAUUUAACGACCUAUUGGUAUUUCAGAGAGGUGGUAUAGAAGCUUACGGAAGUUGUAUGAGCCCUCUCGGCACUUUCCUAAAGUUUGACACAUUUUAUACUUAUUUUCAAAGUACUGAAUCUAUUCUGUAUUGUUGAAUAUUUAUUUGGUGUCUGUAAGUCUCUUCAACACUUGCUUAAAGUUUGACAAAUUCACAUGUACAGAUGUAUUUGUAUGUUCAAUUCCUUAAAUUCAUAUACUUUGCUGGAUGUACAUAUUUAUUCAUUAAUAACUAAUGAAUGCAUUACACUUUAAUUAUGUAUGUCGAUGUUAUUAUUGAGUAGUUCACUAGGGUACAUUUGUGUGGUGUGGUUUAAUUCAUUUCCACACAUCUGUAUCUAAUUAACAAUGUGUUUAGAAACGAGCUAAUAUGUUGUGUGACUUUUGUGCAAUUCUUCGAUGUCGAUGUAAGAUAUCAAGAAUAAGUUUUAACGACCCCCCAAAAAUAGUAGCUACCAGAUUAUCUUGUUUUAUAAUAUUUCUGUGUUCAAACCAAUGAAAAAAUAUAUCACAAUAUUAAUUAAAUGUCUUGCAAAUGUUUACUAAGUAUUAUCUGGUUUAAUUCAACGCAGUUGCUAUAGCUGAUGGCUGCUAUAUAUAAUUUGCGAUAACCAUGAUGUGGCCGCUAGGUAGUCACAAAAACAAGAAUAAUUCCGAUUAAACCAACUACGCGUCGUACCUUGGCCACAUGGAAGCGGCCGAAAUAAAUAAGUCUGUCUCAAUGGUGACUGUUAGGCCUAUUGCUUUUGAAAUAGAGAAGAUGUGUCGAUGAGUAUACAUGACAUCAGGCAUAAGGCAUAGUCACAAACGCGGGGCUUCAUGCAUGAUAUGACUCUAACAGUUGAAGACGGUUGUUUUGGUAACAAGGUUGCUUUUGUGUUGUUUAACGUCCUAUCAACAGCCAAGGUCAUUUAAACCUCGGGAGUAUGGCACAGUGGGCAGGGAUGAAGUUUACGCCAGACAAAUCACGGAAUACCGUUCAAAAGAAAGAAAAGGGAAGCAUUUAUCAUGGUUUUACCAUCUAAACGUGGAAUACAGCAUACCAACUGACCUUGGGGUCUGAAAAUCCAUCAACCGAGCUGUACAAAGAUUAAGUACGAAGCGGAUUUAAUCGUCUACUAAAUUCUGAAAGGAGAAGUUAUUUCCUAUGUCGGUUGCAAUCAUUAUUUGAAACCAAUACAUUAGCAAACUGCAUCUCAUAUUGGAACCAAUCCAUAUCAAUUUCGGCUGAACUUAAAUAAAAAUGUGGGAGACAAAACCGUGACGUAAA